AGCCUGAAGGCUGUUUGGCUCCCAGCUGGUAGAUGACACUUUUUUUUUUGCACGAUUCCCAUGUGCAGAAUGCAGUGAUGUGUGUUUGUACCAACAGCAUCUGCAAGGGAGUAGCCACCUGUGCACACCGAGGGUGUUGUACCUCUUUAUCAAGAGCACAGGCAGUGGGCCCUCCCCACCUGUCUUACUCUUUUUGUUGUUUGGAGGAUUACAAUAUAUUAACAGCCUUUUUUUUUUUUUCUCCCCUAUAAGUGAGAGUAAACCGCCCUGGUCUGAGACCGGGUAACUGGGCUUUUCCUGGGUGAUUGUUUCAGGCUCUCUGAUGACUAGGGCCACCAAAACGGCAUGUCCUGUUCCUUUUCUGUUUUUUGUUGAUUCUCUCCAUGGCAAUAAGGGCUCCCGUGUGCCUCUGCUGCGCUAUGGUCUCAGAGGGAUGCCAGUGCUUGCAAUCCUCCUUAUGUGGCAAUGAGUAACAUGGGGAGAUAAUCUGACCAGUAGAAAUCUAACACUGGUGUUCCAUGGCCUGAUCUAACUGAUUUCUGAGUUUGCUUUUUAAGCAAAAACUGUAUGGUUUUCAUAAGGACAACAUUAAGCUGGAUUUUUUAUUGUUUACCUGCUGACUGUUGUUUCAGUGGAGCUUGCCUGCAAAUAAAUCAAUGCCAAUAGUGUGAUAUCAGGAAAUGCACUUAGUGGAUUGUAUUGUGAUGUAGGGUCUUUUUUUUCCCCCAAAUCCUUAAAUAAGUUCCCUGAGUGCAAUGAGUACACAUUAAAAGGAGCAGUUUAUUUUUCUAGUUGUAUUGCUUUCUCCUACCGCAUCUGCCUCCCCUCUAAAACAACUGCCCUGGCAAAAUGUAUCCUAAAUUCAGUCUCUGUCAACAAGGUGAACAUUAAGCAGCUCCUCUGGGGAGUGCUGAUAAAGUAUAUUAACUCCAUGAAGAGUCUGCAUGAGUCUCCCCACUGUCCUGUGCUGUUCUGCCCUACAUACUCUGCUCUGCAGAACUGCAAUCCAUAGCAAUGGUGCAAUGGAGAAGGGAGCUGAAAAAAAGUUUCUGGCUUGUUCCCUCAGAUCCCCUUUAAAAUGGGCAGUUGGGUGGGCCAGCUCUUUUUCUCCCAAGUGUUAUUAUAAUCCAUUUAUACUGAGGAAAAGGCAGGUUUGCUGCCAGGCGGCAUACUUUCCAUCAGCACAUGUAAUUGCUGGGUAGUGGAGAGAGGUAGAACGCUGGUUUUCAGGCAGGAGGGAGUAUGACCAGAGUGUGUGCUGGGCGGCAUCACCAUGUGCCUGACCAUGAAUUCCAGGUUUCACAGGGAUGUGGGCUCAGCUGUGUAAGCAAAACCUUCUGCCAUUCACCCCUCAGCGUGAGCAAUGGGGAGGCAGGCAGCCAAGUUUCAAGCAGCUCAAGGGACUGAGCUGGCCCAGGGGUGCAGCUGUGACAGGGCUCUUUUUUUAGCUUAUUUGAUUUCCACACACAUGGGCUAUGCAAAGUUGGAUGAGCCAACCUUGACCCUGCUGUACACAAGCCCACCUCCGAGCUGUGCUCUUCCGGCCAGUGGCUCAACAAAUAAACAGGGUUUCCUGCCACAACCAGCUGCUGAGGUUCACUGGAGCAGGGGCAGGUUUGGCUUCUGGUGUGGAGAGGAGGCACUUGUAUAGGGCUGACCCAUAACAAACACUGUGCUGUGUUGUUGGACUGCCUUCAAGGGAGCAAGAGAAGGUUUGUGCCCACUGCUGAGAGGGACCUUCUUGUAGUUGCCUUAGACCAUUCCAUAAAGGUGUCGGUCAAGGUGUCUCCAACAUCUGCACACAUGUAAUACAGGGACUUAAACUCUCUCUUUUGAGAUCUAAAAAUUUUUUUAACAAGUGAGAGCACAUAGGUCCUGUAGCAGUUCUCACAUGGCACUUGAUAGCUCCUUCCCUCCUGCUGUACUUUAUUGGCCAUGAGCCACCAUGCGACCAGACAUUGCAGUCCCUGAGGACUAAUGAACAUCCACAGUGCAGAUCCAGCCCUUUUGGGACUGGGGUGUCUUGCUCUUGUGCCACUGCUGGUAGUGUCACAGCACUGGUUGAGCAGAAGCACAAACAGCUCUGCAAGGUGCUGGGAGAUCAAGGCUGAGCCCAUUUGCCCCAUUUGGCCUCGCAGUUGAAGACAGAAAUGGAGAAGUGCAGCUGUACACAUGGUCUGGUCAGAGCCGGUACGUGGGAGGAGGGAAGAUUGAACCUUCCCCUCCCCAACAGCUGCUGAAGAGAAGGGGUUCAGGAGAGCACAGAUGUGUCAACCUAAUACCAAACCCUUAAAAGACCCAGCUCCAAAACCCAGCUCAGCCCACGCUAUUCAUUAUUUCAUCAGGCUUUGGAUCAACACAGUUGGAGGGUUUGAAGUGGGGAUCAGAGCUGGUAAUGAGGGCAGUGGAUUCCUGUUCCCCGGCCCACUCAUGUGCAGCUGGGAGGGAGACAUCUCCCUUGUCUGCCUGCAACCAGCUUGUCGGGCCCAUCCUCUCCUUCUGGUUGGAGGACUUUGCUUUGUUUCCUCUUUCAUCUAAAAUUUCUUAACUUCUCUCUCCUAAAAUAUGGUAGUUUAUCUUUUGUGGUUCUGUGUUUCACAGCUUCCUGUAUGCUCUUAGACUUAUUUCCUGCCUCUUCUCUUGUGUUUUCUGUUUCUCACAUUAGCUCACUAAACCCAGCUCCCCGAGCAAGUAUUUCUACCUCACAGGCUGCUUACAGCAGCUAGAUGCUUUCCCUGAGACAAACCAAUCCCAGACAAAACUGUCCCAGCCCUUGCACAGCUGCUAAUUUGACUCUAAUCCAUUUUAAAACGGGAGGGCUGGUGGGUGAGGAUGGAGUCAGAGAAGGGAUGUCCUUGCUUGCCGGUAUGUCUGCAACGCUGACAGACCUGUGGUGCAAUUUUCAUGCUUUCCCAUGGGAGAAGCAGCGUUUUAAUUCUUCCCUGAUCCCUUCAAAGCUGAUUAUUUCUGGUCUCUUGAGCUUUUAUGAUCAUUUUAUUAGGUAAGGAGACUUCCUGGCUGUGAUUCAGUUGUGAGUGACUGAAUACGAUCUUCUCUGCAUUGUGGCGAUAGUAGUAAUGUGAAGUUUAAUGAGCACCUGCAAAGUCGUGUAGCAGCAAGGAGAGGAAUCAAGGAGCUCCCAGAAGCUCAGCCAUGAGGGUGUAUGGCUGAGGUGGGCCUGAAACCCCUGGACUUGAGAUUCACAUCUUCCCAGUAAGAAAGUGGCAAGUGCAGGGAAGGAACUGCCAUGUCCAUGGGAAUCUUCCGUGUGUGCCUAGUGGUGAUUACAGCUAUUGUCAACCACCCGCUCCUCUUCCCUAAAGAGAAUGGCACUGUCCCCGAGAACAUGGAAGAAAUCAUCCAAAAGAUGAAGGAGCGGGAGGAGAGCCUUCGGCUGGAGCGGUUGCGCUUGGAGCAGGAAAUUGCAGCCCAGGAAGCCACACAGAAGGCUCUGGAAAAGGCUACAGAGGUAGUCGAGGAAAGCAAAGAGGAAAAGGUCCGAUGGGAUAUGUGGACUACCCUUUCCAUGGUCAUCUUCCUGCUGAUUGAGCUCUGGAGGCAAGAUUUCCAGGAAGGGAAUUGGCAGGACACAGGAGGAGAAGAGGAUGACAUGGCUGUCCUGGGGAAAGCAUUUAAAGGAGUGGCCUUCCCUGACAAGGCUGUCUUGGCCAGCUUCUAUGAGAAGCGCAUCCUGGGUACCACCGGAGACAUGGCCCGGAUGCGGGAGAUGGUGGAAGGCUUUGCAGACGACCUGCUGGAGGCCUUGAGGAGUGUUUGUAACCGGGAUGCUGACAUGGAAGUGGAAGACUGCAUGGGUGUGGGGAGCAUGUAUGAAAACUGGAGAGUGCGUAAACCUUUUGUCUGUGAUCUGAUAGUGCCUUUUGCGCCCCCAGAGCCGUAUUGUUUCCGGUCCCAAACCUGGUGCUCUGGCGACUCUUUUCCCCCAGAUGAACAAGGUUAUGGCACUAUCAAGGUAUGCAGGGCAGAUGAGGAUGUGACAGGUUGCAUCUGUGACAAGACUAAACUAGGAGAAGAUAUGCUGUGCCUCCUCCAUAGCCAAACCAAUACUACCAGGCCCAGCAGUGACAUGGAAGACCUCCUGUGCUUCAAAAAUACUCAAUAUCUGGAUGCCAACCAAGUCAUGAAGUGGUUCCAGAUCGCGGUCACCAAGGCCUGGAACAGAAUCUCCCACAAGUAUGAAUUUGACCUUUCCUUCAGCCUCCUGGACUCACCAGGAGCCCUGAAGAUAAAGUUUAGGUCAGGGAAAUCAAUUGCCUUCAACCUCACCCCUGUGGUGCAGUACGAGAACUCUGAUGUUUACUUCAUCUCUCAUUUCCCUCGGAGCAGCCUGGCAGCCGACCUCCCCUCCAGCAAUCACUGGUUUCUCACCUUUGCAGUGUAUGAGAGGAGGUUCAUCCAGCUGGUCUCCAAAACAUUGCCUGCUAAUGCCUGCCAUGUCAGCUGCCUUCAGAUCCUCUCCUUCCUCCAUGGGAAGCAGUGCAGCCUCACAGGUCCAAGCGGGCUCACCAACUACCACCUGAAGACAGUGAUGCUCCAUCUCCUGCAGGCACGUUCCAGUCAGGACUGGGCCCCAGAGAAGUUGGAGGCCCGUCUACAGGACAUGCUGAAAUUCCUAGAGAAAUGUUUGCAUGAGAAGAAGCUCUACCACUUCUUCAUUGGCAAUGGGAAUAUACCAGCAGAGCUGUGCUUCCCCAUCAUAUUCCAGAGGGCUGAGCCUCUCAACCUUUUCCGUCCCUUUGUACUACACAGGGAUGUUUACAGGAAGACAGUGGACACAUUCCACGAGAUGCUCAGGAACAUGUCUGCACUAAUAAAUGAGUACACGGUGCACAUUCCUCUUGCACAUGCCAAUGGGAUCCAUAAGGAAGCUCUUUAACCAAAGCCAGCAGGAAAACACUUGUUCCUCUAAGCACAAGUCCAGAGGGCAGCUUUCCGAAGCCUCCUGGAGACAACUGACUUUGCCAGUACAGCUUCUUGUCUGCAGCUGAACAGGUUCUGGGGCACGGUUUCUGCAGUAAGGGAGAGGGGAUGGGGAAAGGACAGGGCGAAACUGAAAGGCAUGGUAUUGAAGUUCCUGCUCCACUGGUGUGCUGGCUGGGUUUUAUGCAGCUAAGAAUACAUUUUUCUAUUGUGUCUCAGUCACACUACAGUGGUGGUGAGCAACAAAUAUGAUGAAUUUAUUCAGAUGCCUGCGUGGCAAACGGUGGUGGUGGCCAAAUACUUCAUUUCCUUUGGAAGGGGGAGAUAAGAAAAGGGUGGAGGAAUCAGAGACAGGAUCUUGGGAUUGCAGGAGCCUGUCUGCUUGCAAACAGCAGGAGCUCUGCAACCCUGAUGGGAAGCAGAAUGUAAGACUGGGUGCUGAUGUGGGAGGGGGUCAUGUGCAAGAUCUGGACUGGAUGGAUAUCCUCAAAUCAACCAUAGCUCUUUAACUGAAAGGUAGUUAUAUAUAUAUAUAUGUAUAUGUAUAUAUGUAAAAGCCUUCUUGAUAGGACUUGCAGCAGUAGGUUAAAUGGCUUGUCCUGUCCUUCAAAAACAGCCCUGCAUGUUUCUGCUCCCUAAGGAGCUUGUAGCAGAGCAGGCAGUGGGUUUUGUGUCUUCAGACCAUUUCUUUUGAGGCUUCCAUUUUAUUCAUGGUAACACAGCUAGUGGGUUAUAUUCCUUGGCAUUUUCCAUGCAUAAACGAACAGGAACCUUUUUUUACCUUAGAUAAAAGAGAGAAACACCAUUAUUGGGUUCUGGCGUUUUGUUUUAUUUGUUUGUUUUCCUUACCUCAGGGCAGCAAGGCUGAGAACAGCCAAGAGAGAAGGACUGCUACAGGUUUUGCUUUCAUAAAAGAAGCAGUUAUCCAAAAUUAUCCUGUAAUGAGGCCAAUCUCAGCAGUCUGGUAGCAGGAGGGAACAACCACCCUCCAAAUGAGAGUGUGACUCUCCCAGCAUGGUUUAAUGAGGCCGAGGCCAGCAGGAUGGCUGUAAGUUAGGAGGAGGGCAUGAAAGAGGUGCACAUGUAGCUGAGCUUGGCAGUGCUGUCUCUGUAACUGACUUGUGAUCUGUGUCACAUCCUGGCUGCUCCCAGAUACCCAGGGAAAACUAAUCUUGCAUCACUGCGAGGGACAAUGUACAGCAUGAGGCUUAUUAUCCAGCCUGUUGAUAAGCAAACUCUCCAUAGACAUGUCCUGUCCUCCUUUUUCAUGGUAAAAAACAUUUCACCACCUCCUCGAUGUCUGCUCUUGUCUGUCCCUCCACCAGCGAGGGACAUUUCAUGCACAAAGACAGAAAAAACUGCAACUCCUGUUUCCACACCUGGUUUAUAAGAAAGCACAGGGGGAGACAGGGAACAUUUUGCUCAAAUUGCUGCUCGCCUUGGCUUUUACCCUCACAGCUAUAGGGUGGUUAAGUAAGAUUUCUGAGCAGAAAGUAAGGGGUAGGAAGCAAAAUAGAGAGAAGAGGCUGGCAGGUAGUACCAGCAGGAAAGAGUCUUGGAUCAUCAGUGCGUGGUUCAGCACCCUUGGCGGUAAGUGCCUGGGAGACUGCCAGGGCUGGCAGAGCAACAGGGCAGGACUAAUUGCUAACGCUAAUGAGUGCUUUAAGCCUCUAGCUUUCAUUAGCACAACCAAGCAAACUUUCCCCAGUAGAAAAGAGGGUAGGAGCAGUCUCAUGGGACACAGCAAGCAGGUAGUGACAAGCAGAGGUACAGGGAGGGUGGGUGAAUACUGGAGCCUGGAGGCUACAUUGGAAGCUGUGUAGUUGUUUGCAAACCCAAGCAAUUUGCCAUUUUUACCUGUCCAGGUUUACUGCGCAGUGCCUGUAGCAGAUCCUGCUUUGCACGGGCUGGCGGCAGGGAGGUCAUGCUGAAGCAGUUGUGGUCAGAGUGGCUUCUAAAUGUGUUCCCAGCCAGAAAUAAAGAAAAAUUUCUCUGCCAUUUCCUGUCAGGAGUUUAAAUUUAGCCUGUGCAAAGAACAGAAGCAAAUUUGUGACCCAGGUCUCUCAGGAAAUGAUAUUCAGGGUUGAAAAAUAACUUUUAUAUAAGGGAGGGUAAGCAGAGAGGGGAUGAGAAGAAAAGGCUGUUGAACAGAACAAGGUAACUCCCCUGUUAAAAUGUCAGAACAAAGCUUUGUGAUGCCAGUCCUACAGGCUUGUAAGCCUGCCUAAACUUGUCUUUACACAGCUCUGAGAACUGCUGCUCAGGCUCAAAGGGAACCUAUACUGACAAGUGGAUCAAAUCUUUUGUUCUUCAUUUUCUGUGUUUGUGUGCCUGUUCUCUCUUAAGCCCAAACUGACCCUGAGGUGUUCCCACAGGGUUUUGCUGAACCCAAGCUGGAGCUGAACCAAGGAAUUUAUGGAUUUGAUUCCCCCGAAAGUAAAUUGCUUGGCUUAAUUUUCCUAUAUGCAAUAUGUUCAUUUUGCCCUGAGCACCUUUUAAAAGAUUUGCUCUGUGCAUUUAGGAUGUGAGGGAACCCACUUUUACCUAUCCAGGGGUAGAAGUGCUCUGUGAUUAUAAGCUGUGAUCCACUAAACCUCAGGGCAGAGGUCAUCUUUGUUAAACCAUGUACCAGUGUAUAUAUCAGAGGUAUAUGCGUGUCCCGUCUGAGGACAUGUGGGUACACAGCAUCUGUCUGGAUCAGACCUCUGCAGUGGUACAAGGAGGCCGUGAUGUGAAGUGUAUCAUUCCAUGGACUGCCUUGUCACUCCUGUAUUAAAUCUUUGCCCAGCAAGUACUAGCCUUAUCAAUAAAAGGCCACACUCACAUUUCAUAAAAAAGGUUUACAAGACAGUUCAGGUACAUCAGCUGUCAGCCAGUAAAAACAUCCUAAGACAUUUUAGUGCCACCCAUGUUUAGUUCUGCAUUGAUUGAAGUCUGGCUGGGCAUUCAUAGGAAGCAGCUUUAAAGGGUGGGGUUUUGUGGUUUAAAGCGAAUAACGUUCUUUUAGAACCAAACAGUGCCAUGGCAUGUGAGUAACAAACACACAACAUCUCUUAGGUAAUGCCCAGAUCUCUGUGAGAUCCUAGGGAAGGGUAAACUGCCUGUCCCAGACGCCUUUCUUGUAUCUCAGUGCUGUUCUUGCUAUUUGCUAACCAGGUGAAUUCACCAAAUGAACUCCUGUUGCCUUCCGCUGGUUUCCAGCCACUCCCUCCACCCUCAACUUGUGGUUUUAAUAUUUUACUAUAGGCUCUGUCAAAGCAAUGGAAUUAGUGGUGGCUUGAUAGCAGCAGCUGAUCUACAACAUCGCCUCAGGAGCCAUUUGCCUUUAGGAAAUGCCUUGGUCUAAGGUUAUUAUUGCUGUUCAGGAGCUGAAUGUUUUCUAAGGGAAGCUGUUGGGAGUUCACUCUUCUGUAUGUGGCAACCACAGAAUACAGCUUCUCUCUCUCUGUCUCUGAGUUGUUCUGUAUACAGGUCUUAUGGGGGUAUAAAGGUGUUUUUCAGCAAAGGGACCCAAAACUUUAUACGGUAUUCAAGCAGAAGGAUUUGGUGCUUGUUCACCAGAUGUUUUUAAUGCAAAGCCUUUGCAGUGUUUUCUCUGUGGUGAAGAAGUUAGACUUUCCCCACCUGUAACAGCUUAGCUGCUGGUCAUUGAGGGGUUAGUUCUCAUAGGAUCCUACGUAGUAAAUAGCUUUAUUUAUUACUUGUCUUUUUUUUUUUUUUUUUUUAGGGUUGGGGGGGUGUGUGUAAUAUGUUAGCUCAGAAGCAAAACUGUAGUAUGAAGAUCAGUCUUGGCAAUGCAGCUGAGAUGGGCAAUAACACCAAAACUCUCCAAUCUAAGGUCUUCCUUGAUUGACAAUGCUGUGUUCAAACCGCUGCUUUUAUAGCAGGACACUGUUGAAUUUGUAUAGAUCUUUUAUGCAGCUUUAUUUAUAAUAAAGGAAGUCUUAUACAAAAUCUAAAGAA